CCCUGUUAUCUCCUCUUUUAAUACACUGUUGUGCUCCCUUUCGUCGCCUGGUUGACUGGGGGCACGAAUGGCCUCGCCGUCGCCGCAGCUGCGAGGCCAGGAACCACCUUGUGAUCCACGGACAGAUCGUCCCGGCGUGGAGUGCCACGCGACGGGUAAGUUUUGAGAUAAGACUUUCUCCCAAAUGUGCACCAGCAUCUGUCGACCCCCGCCUCCACAGACACGCACGACGAUGGCGCUCCGGCAGAUCAUCCAGCUCUCUGUGGGCGCCGUCUUCUUUUGCUUUGGUGUCGCACUCACAUUCACGCCCGUCUGGCUCUCCCUCCAUCUCUUCCACACGCCUCCGCACGAGAUCAAUCAUCUUGCCCUGCGGCUCGGGGGGGUGCGCGAUCUCAUCCUGGGCGCCUGGUGUCUCGUAACAGACCAGCCGCGCGAACGAAGGCGGCUGCUGGUGGCCUUUUUUUGGUUGAAUGUGUUUGAUACCUACAGCUACUUUGCCACAGCGUACGAAGGCGUCGUCGACUUUCGAUUUGCCAGAGGCUCCUCGAUGGCUUCUAUGAUGAUGGGCACUCUGGCGCUGGGCGCAUCGGCGCUCUAAGGUCGCUGCAGUCCAAGUGAGUUGGCGUGCAACAGAGCAAGUGCGAUGGUAUGAUUGAGACCAUCUA